GGCGGCAGUUCUGCUCCCCUGCCCCGAGCCGAGCCCACCGCAGCAGGGACCGGGAUUCAGGGGCGCGCGGCAGCGGCUGCAGCGGGAGGACGAUGGCAGCGCCCGCCGGGGCCGGGGCAGUGAUUGCAGCCGCAGACCGCAGACUCCGGCUGUGGUCGGUGCUGGCGGCGGCGCUCGGGCUCGUGACCACUGGCGUAUCGGCCUUGGAGGUUUACACACCAAAGGAAAUCUUCGUGGCAAAUGGGACGCAAGGGAAGCUGACAUGCAAGUUCAAGUCCACUAACAUGACCGGCACGUUGACCUCAGUCACCUGGAGCUUCCAGCCGCAGGGGACCGAAGCCCCCGUGUCGUUUUUCCACUACUCCCAAGGCCAGGUGUAUCCUGGGAAUUAUCCACCGUUUAAGGGCAGAAUCACCUGGGCUGGUGACCUCGACAAGAAAGACGCAUCAAUCAACAUAGAAAAUAUGCAGUUUAUGCACAAUGGCACUUAUAUCUGUGAUGUCAAAAACCCUCCCGACAUUGUUGUCCAGCCGGGACACAUUAGACUCUAUGUCGUAGAGAAAGAGAGCUUGCCGGUGUUCCCCGUGUGGGUGGUGGUGGGCAUCGUCACGGCCGUGGUCCUGGGUCUCACUCUGCUCAUCGGCAUGAUUCUGGCUGUGCUCUACAGAAGGAGGAACUAUAAACGGGACUACACUGGUACAUCAGAGAGUCUGUCACCGGUUAAACAGGCUCCACGGAAGUCCCCCUCCGACACAGAGGGUCUGGUAAAGAGCCUGCCUUCUGGAUCUCAUCAGGGCCCAGUCAUAUAUGCGCAAUUAGAACACUCCGGUGGACACCACAGCGACAGGAUUAACAAGUCAGAGUCUGUGGUGUAUGCGGACAUCCGGAAAAAUUAAGAGGAGACUCAGAUCAUAUCCUAAGCAAGAAACAAACGCCAACUGGACUCGUGCAGAAAAUGUAGCCCAUUACCACAUGUGACCUUGCAAACCUGGGCACGGACAAGCACAUGUUUAUUCUUAGAGGGAAGAAAAGCUGUGUAUAAGGGAUAUGUAUAAAUAUUCUAUUUAAUCUGAUGUGAGGAGUCAAUGUUGCAUGAUGGAAAGAUGGUUUGAUUCUACUCGCCUAUAUGUAAAUUGUCUUGCUGACUUGUACUUUAUUUCAGGGUCAUUUACAAUUGGGAAAAUUCAAAAACAUUCCUAUCACCAUUGUUUAGAUAUGGUUUGCCUUAAUGGAGCUGGUAGCAGUUUCUUUAGUAUUCCAGUAGACAUGGCCUUUUUAUCUAAGGGCUUAACCAGUCAUAGCACUUAUCGUAGUUGGAGAAUGGAAAUACUAUGAUGGAAGCUUAUCCAGGGUGGUUUUAACCCAGUGUCAGCACUAUUUGGCUGUAGUUUUUGGAAAACACCCAUUUACUAUGCCACUUGAAGACAGCUGGAAAAGUUAUGUUGUUGUUCUCUCUCUAAAACACAGGGCAGGUUUUAACUUUAUCUGCUGUGUAGACUUACUUUAACCUGACACCCUUUAAACAUAUCAGUUUGUGGAUUCAUCCCAGCAAAAUUAGCAAAGGAUAAAUGUGAGAGGUUCUUUCCUUCUAGGUACCUUGAGAUCAACAGCAUAGGGAGAGUGGUUGUAGAAAACCCACGCCUUGCUGGAGGAGUCUGAUGCUAUUAUACAGAAAGCGAAGAUAGCAGUCAUGUUCCUUGCUGAAAUCCCUCGUGUAGUAAGAGUCCCCAUGCAGCUGAAGAAGAGUUUCAUUUCCUCCUAGUAGGCACAAGUGGGAUGAUUGGAUUGUCAGUCUCUAGAGAAUUUUCUUCUUUACUAAGUUCCAGCCAAGCUUCCAGCAAGAGGCAGCAUCUCCUGGCUCUGGAAUCACUCCCAAGACCUUUGAGGAUGAGGAUGAUUAAGGGUCUUUUUAAUCCGCAAGUAGGGCUAGUACUUCUACUUUGGGAAUCUUUUUUCCAUUCCUGGUUGGUGGUGGUUGCUGUUUUUAAAAACUCCUCCAACCCCCACUCCAUAGAAUUGAUAAACAAUGAUAUGAAAAAAUAUGUAAUUUGAGUAUCCUUCCUAACAGUUCAUUUCCUCCCAUUGACAACCCCCCAUCCUACCUCAAACGUAGGAGUUUUUAUUUUUUACUCAAAAUGAAAUGCAUGGUAAAGAUCAUUAAAUAUUUAUUUAUAUUUUCAUACCCCCCUUUUCUGGAUGAUUUGUUUUGAAAGUAAAUUUUUACCAUUAGGGGAAGAGUACGGACUAGCUGGUCACAGAAAAUGUUUGGGUAAGUGGUAAUGUUAGUUUUCCUCCCAUUUAGUUUGAGGUCCGCCGUGAGCUGCUUCCUUUUCCUUCCUGAAUUCUGUCAUCUUUGUGAGGGAGUUUGAAGCCUGAGUUCUAGAGAAUUCCUAAAGGAGAUUAAAGGAGGAUUUAGAUGUGAAGUUGUGCCAUGUGAACUUCUAAACUAACUUUGUCCCACUUAAGCAGUUUGAUAUUUUCUGAGGAAUUUUUGUUAUUCCCAUAAGAUCCCAGUGACAUUCCAUUCAUAGUAAGUAGUCAGGGAACAGGUUUUAGCAUCUCACCUACUAGCUGCCGUCUGAAGGUGAGGUCUGGUUCGUGUUCAGUGAGGAGUGGAGGAAAAGAGCCCCACUGUGCAGCGCCCCCGUCUUUUCUAUGUUCACAGGCCUACCGUAGCCUCCGCCAGCCGUUUCUGCAACAUGGCUGACUUUGCCUUCCCUCCUCACACCUCUCUGUGCCCACUUGGAAAAAUGCAGGAGCCUUUAGAAGACUCUUGUGUAUUUUGGGGAAGGGGAGGGGAACGGAUGUGGGCUUGUCACUGUACAUCAAAUGAAUGCCAAGAUCGCGAUUCUCUUGGUAAGCCUUUGACACUGUGACAAUUGUACAGCUGACCAAGAGUGUUUUUAAGUUAGAAAGGACAACUGUCAACAGACCAUGUGUGUAUAUUUAUAUAUGUGUCCUGUUUCUGUAUAGUUAUUUUUCAGAGAAAAGAGGCAUUCUUCUACUCCUUUUCAACAGGUGCUAUGAAUGAACUAUAUGCCCCUAAUACUCCUGAUGGCAGGAACCCUCAUUUCUCCUUUGGGGGCAAGGAUUUUAUGUUCAUGAAGCUGCCACCAGGGUACCAGCCAGCACCCCUACUAACGAUGCCUAUGGGCCCUCCCCCACUCAUGUGCGAGACAGUACCACCUCCCCACCCAACCAGACACCUCAAACCCUGCCAACGUUUGGCAUUCUGUUGGGGAGUCUCCCCACCCCACCAAGCUUCCCUGCCAGGCAAGGGCAGUCACUGCUGGCAUCCCUCCUGGGUCUGUGACCGGCUUGUCCAAAGGAACUUGCUCAUACUUGCAAGGAACAUCUCAGGGCCAUAUCCUUCUCAAGCCAUAUCCGAUGGAGGCUUUGGGCCUUUCUCCUGUGUCCCAGUGCCCUGGGCCUGGCCACAGGCGGCAGCAGUGAGGUUGCUGCCAGCUGCCCUUUCCAUGUCUUAUCAGCAGAAUGACCUUUAUAAUGACAGGUGAUUUUUGUAAGGGGACACCUAAAAGGGAUUACUUUGAUGAAUGAAUUCCAAACUAUCUGUAGCUUUUGGUGGAAAUGUGUGCAGUUGGGUAAAAAUCAUUGCGUCCAUUUUUUUUAAUUGUAUUUUUGUGAAUAUUUUAAUACAUCUUUUCCAAUU